AUGGGUUCCGAGAAAGCUACCCCGCGAUGGGCAGCGUUUACCCGCGACACCAACGAGACCAAGAUUCAGCUGGCUCUGAACCUCGAUGGCGGGGCAUUUCCUGAACAUACCGACCCUCGCCUACUAACGUCCGUCGCCGAGGGCCAUGCCAGCCAGUCGAGCAAAUCGCAAUCCAUCAGCGUAAACACAGGCAUCGGUUUCCUCGAUCACAUGCUCCACGCCCUGGCCAAGCACGCCGGCUGGAGCUUAGCCCUGGCGUGCAAGGGCGACCUCCAUAUCGACGACCAUCACACCGCAGAGGACGUGUGCAUAGCGCUUGGAUACGCCUUCGCGAACGCGCUGGGCAGCGCCACGGGCCUAGCACGCUUUGGCUCGGCGUAUGCGCCGCUUGACGAGGCGCUCUCGCGCGCCGUCAUCGACCUAUCGAACCGGCCGUAUAGCGUCGUUGAGCUCGGUCUCAGGCGCGAGAAAAUCGGCGACUUAAGCACCGAGAUGAUCCCGCAUUGUCUACAGAGCUUCGCCCAGGGCGCCCGCGUUACCCUACACGUCGACUGUCUGCGGGGCGAGAACGAUCACCAUCGUGCCGAGAGCGCUUUCAAGGCCCUUGCUGUUGCCAUCAAGCAGGCUACUACUAGGAUACCUGGGAAGGAGGGCGAGGUGCCAAGUACGAAGGGAACUUUGAGCGUAUAG